ACCUAAUACUUAAUCUGUGAAUCCGUCAUUGAAUAUUGAUUUUAUUUAUAUCAAUAUUUUUGAAUUAUUUAUUACAAAAUAAGAAAUGUAAGGCAUAUUUUAGAGCAAUUUGAUAAUAGCCAUGUCAGCGAAUGGUAACGGCGGUACCUAUGCACCACUGAAGCAAAUACUUUCGGACUCAGAGUCUGAAGAUGAUCAGAAGUUAGAAAAUGCCGUACACAUCAAAGCUUUGGAAAAGUGUAAUAAUUUGGAUUAUAACAGUGGAUUGUUGUCAUCUAAAAAUUACAGUAUGAGUGACAUGGACGAGUAUAAUUCAAAUGAAAAAACAGUGGAAAGUACUAUGGAUAACGUGAGUUUCUUACAGUCCGAUAUGUCGAAUAAAAUGUCUUUUUCGCGGCGCUGUGCGUUCUUCGCGUCGAUUUUUGUUUGCAUACUUACUAUAAUUAUAUUUCUUUGGGGAAUACCGUGUUCGGAUGUCGGCAGUUGUGCUAAUAAUGAGUGGCAAGAUAAAACAACCAGCUGGGAAAUCCCUUACGAUGAAAUCGAGUUAUCCGGAGCAGUUCAAGUCGUAGACGGUGCCAUUCCUAAUACGAAAAACCUUAUAUUUAUUUAUCGUGGAAAUCACAUGAAAGAUGAAAAAAGCAACAUAGAUAAUGUGAAUGGAGUGUUGUUGAUUGUUGGUAAUACUGGUAAAGUUGGCUGGUAUACACGGGAAACUAGAAUACCGACCGAGAUAGACUGUCACCUCAUUGAUGUGAAUCGUGAUAAACAAAAAGAUUGCAUUGUGUCAGGCUCAGAGGGUCUGCUAGCUGCGCUCAACCCUUUAUCAGGAACGUAUUACUGGUAUGUUCUUAAACAAGGUAAAGUUUUCAGCAAUAUCGUGGCUAUAGACUUCCCAAUUGUCAUUAAAGAUAUAGAUAAGGAUAAAAUUAAUGAUCUCAUGACUGUGGCAACUAUGUAUCCUAAUGCCAAUCAUAAUUCACUGCUCAUAAUAUCUGGAGCAACGGGCAAUAUCAUUGGCGAUCCUAUGACAGUCCAUGAUUGUUUACUGAUUAAAUUAUUAAAGGAAUCUGACUCUAUCACAUAUAUCUGUAAGAAUGGCACAUCAGAAGCUGUGAGGCAGAUUACGUAUCCCACUUUAUAUAAAAAGCUAAUGAAGACAGACCAAUCUGUUAAUCACUCUUUCAUAAUAUCUUCAGUUUCAAAAAGAGUAAAUGUAAGUUUGAAAAAGAGUAUGAGUACUGCUAAUAACUGGGAAAUUUAUGCUAAUGGACCUGGAAAACUUAUUGUCGAAAAUUCUGGUGACUGCCCAAACUCGUGCAGAGUUAACUUGAAAUUGUUGCUGGAAAAAAAUGGAACAACAAACGUCAGUUGGGAGUAUUCUGCUAAUCAUGUGUAUGCUAUGAAACCUAGUUCAUUUGCCUUUGCCAACUCUAUAAGGGGCUUCGUCUUAAAAUUAUGACAGUGGAACAGUGCACACCUCGCAAAGGGUGCACUGAAAAUUGAUGAAGUGAGGUAUAAUGUUCCAAAUGAGAGUCCAAAAAAUCCAUACGACAUAUUUUA